AUGACGUCGGCAUACGCGCCUGAGAUCCAACGGAACGGUGUCACUUCGAAUGGCGUUCAUGCAAGCUCCAGUAAUCAGACUACUAAGAACAACAGCAAGUCGGGAAACGGGAAAGACGUCAGUCUUAUGCCGCCCCCCAAGACUCUCGUUGCACGAGCGCUAGGGAACGAGCUGCAUUCCGAUGUCCACAAGGGAUCUCAGGCGUCCAAGGAUGGUGUCGGGUUCGCCCUAACAGACACUCCGGUUUCUACCGCACCCCCGUCUCCACAGAUUGCCGAUUAUAGCAAUGCUCACAGUCAGGCCCCGACUCCGAGUCGGAUUCGUGCAACGACCCUCGACAUUCCCGGUCUGACCAAAUCCAAGGUGUCGCCUGAUGGACGCAUUGCGCAGAGAGACCUCGGCUCGAAGCUGGUCAUUGUCAUGGUCGGUCUUCCCGCCAGAGGCAAAAGCUAUGUCACCAAGAAGCUGGCUCGCUACCUGAACUGGCUGCAGCAUGACACCGAAAUCUUCAACGUGGGAGAACGUCGUCGUGUUGCGGCGGGUAAAUCCCCUUCGCCGGCCAGAGCCAUGGCGCCGCGCGACAAACGGGAAUCGAUGCACAAGGACCUCGUGGACUCGGUGCGCAGGCUCAGUGCCAGUGUGGGCACGAUGAAGCAGCAGACCUCCCAGGCCGAGACCUCGCCCCCGGAAGCCGCGACUUCGCCUCCAGAGAUCAACGGCGUCCUUCCACCCCCAGUGAUCCCCACCAAGAUCCUUGUCAACGGAAAAGAGGAAGAGCCGUCGUCGCUGCAGCAAGAAGGCAGCACUGUCGUGCCCUCCGUCGCUGCCGGACCUGCUGACCAACUGGCCAUCCGGGAGGCGUCCCCAGAGCCCAUGGAUCAGUCCGCGUCCUUCUUCGAUCCUCAGAACCAACGCGCCGUCAAGUUGCGGGAACAGGUUGCUCUGGAUACGCUGGAUGAGCUCCUGGACUACAUUCUCGUGCGCGGUGGCAGCGUCGGCAUCCUGGAUGCGACCAACAGCACACUGGAGCGUCGUAAACUGAUUGUCGAUCACGUCCGCAAAAUUGCCGGUCCGGAACUGGGAGUCUUGUUCCUCGAGAGCAGCUGCAUGGACCCCGCGCUCCUGGAGGCAAACAUGCGUCUCAAGCUGUCCGGUCCGGACUACAAGGGUCAAGAUCCGGUGAAAUCGCUGGAGGACUUCAAAAAACGUGUUGCACUCUACGAAAAGUCCUAUGUUCCUCUCGGCGAGUAUGAGGAGCGCCAGAACAUUCCGUACAUUCAAAUGAUCGAUGUGGGACGCAAGAUUGUCUCUCACCAAACCCAUGGAUUCCUGUCCUCGCAGGUGGUCUAUUAUCUUUUGAAUUUCAACCUGUCCCCGCGCCAGAUCUGGAUCACGCGUCACGGCGAGAGCCAGGACAACCAGCUUGGCCGCAUCGGCGGCGAUUCGGAGAUUAGCGAGAAUGGACGCCGGUACGCCAAGGCGCUGACCCGGUUCAUGGAUUACCAGCGGCAGCAAUGGGAGGAGUAUCAGCAACAGAAGAACCUGAUGCGCAACUUCCCUCCUCGUCCUGGUGACCACACGCCCCCCAACCCUUCGUACAUCCCGGUGGAUCGGCCAAGGAAUUUUUGUAUCUGGUCAUCCAUGAUGCGGCGCUCGGUCCAGACUGUCGAAAACUUCAACGAGGAUGAGUACGACGUCAAACAGAUGAAGAUGCUGGACGAGCUGUAUGCCGGAGAGAUGGAGGGCAUGACCUAUGAACAGAUUCGUGAGAAGUAUCCGGAGGAGUACGCAACCCGCAAGAAGAACAAACUCUUCUACCGCUAUCCUGGCCCUGGAGGCGAAGGAUACCUGGAUGUGAUCAACCGCCUUCGUGCUGUCAUUGUGGAGGUGGAGCGGAUGACGGACCAUGUCCUGAUUGUCACUCAUCGGUCGGUGGCGCGUGUUCUGCUUGCGUACUUCCGUGGGUUAAAGCGGGAUGAGGUCGCUGAUCUGGAUGUGCCUCUGGGAAUGCUGUACAUGCUGGAGCCGAAGCCUUACGGCGUGGAGUUCAAAGCGUAUCGCUACAACCCGACUACAGAUUGGUUCGACUGGAUUCCUGAUUUUGCAUUGCACCAGACCAAUGCCUUCUGA